GGCCUGAAAUUUAUCAAGAUUCUUGUGGCUUGUUUAGGUGGCUACAAUCGCGAGGAGUGUUUAAGAACAGUAGAAUGUUUUGAUCCUGCCACUAAUGGAUGGAUUUUCAUUGCUCCAAUGAAGACUCCACGUGCAAGAUUUCAGAUGGCUGUGUUGAUGGGUCAACUGUAUGUAACUGGUGGAUCCAAUGGUCACUCAGAUGAGCUUUGCUGCGGUGAGACAUAUAAUCCAAAUACCAAUGAAUGGACCUCUGUGCCAGAGCUCCGAACCAAUCGUUGUAAUGCAGGUGUCUGUUCCUUGAAUGGAAAGCUGUAUAUCGUUGGUGGUUCAGAUCCGUAUGGACAGAAAGGAUUGAAAAACUGCGAUGCCUUUGACCCACUUUCAAAAACCUGGACAAAUUGUGCUCCUCUAAUUACACGUAGACAUCAAGCUGCUGUAUGUGAACUGGAUGGAUACCUAUAUGUGGCAGGAGGUGCAGAGUCCUGGAACUGUCUGAACACUGUAGAACGCUAUAAUCCUGAAAAUAACACCUGGACUCUUGUUUCAUCCAUGAAUAUGGCUCGCCGUGGAGCUGGAGUAGCUGUGCAUGAUGGAAAAAUCUUUGCUGUGGGAGGAUUUGAUGGAACCCAUGCACUCAGCUGCGUUGAGAUGUUUGAUCCAACCAAAAAUGAGUGGAAGAUGAUGGGAAGCAUGACAUCAGCAAGGAGUAAUGCUGGAGUUGCUGCUGUAAAUGGGCUCCUUUAUGCUGUGGGAGGCUUCGAUGGCAAUGUAUUUCUGAACAAUGUGGAAGUGUACAAUCCAGAAACCAAUGAAUGGAGCCCAUACACUAAAACAAAUUUGUCCAGUUUAUAAAGUUUAUCUUUUUCUUUGCAGCUUAACAAGUUUAGUGAUGUAAUUUGUGUAGUUGUUUUGUGGGGUGGGAUGGGGAGGGAUGGAGAGCGAUUACAAUUUGGAUGUUUAUGGUUAGCUGUAGCUACUUAGAACAACUUAAAGCAUGACUUCUGGGUUUUACUAGUAACAACUACCAUUUUUGGAUUUGCUUAUAAUUGCAUUGAGCUGUAAAUACUGUUGUCCCAGAAUGUAAUAUGUUUGUUGUGUAUUCCAAGUGAGUUUUUUGGUUAAGUGCAAACCUGAUAUGCAGAAAACAAUUUCAAAAUUUGGAUAAUAGGAAAUAUGUAUUUUUUAGAGCUUCCCCGGAGUUUUUUGUUUUGCAGCAUUUGCACAUUUUCAUCAUGAAGUUCUGGUUAGAAGUGCAGCAUAGUUAUGAAAUAACAUGGUAAACUUGACAUGGAGGGAAGGGACCAGGAAAGCAAAGAGGCAGUAUUAUCUUGCCUCAAGUAUUUCAACUAGUCAUGGAUAUAUUGAACAGCCUGCCAAUUAAUGCAUUUUUCUUUUGAAUUAAAUGUUUUAUGAUCACCUUUUUAUAACAAUUUUUAUACCUGGAUGAAUAUACUAUAUAAAAGAAACAGAUAUUGUUUGGAACCAUUUAAACUAAAGCUUACAAUUAGAGGCAUUAGAGUGGGACAUUUAAAACUCUUGAGAAUUUAUGUACGUUUGCCUCUGCUAUAACUUAUUGUACUACGCUGUAAAUGCUUGGUAAACUUGAGGGUUUACUGAAUGUGAAAUUGUAUUAGGAUGCAAGUGAAGGAUUGAAGAGCACCUGAGUGAGAACCAAUUUGUUACAAGCUAUGUAGCUAACAUUCCUAAAACAAUAGAUGAUCUAGAAAAUUAAAUAUUUGAACUGUUUUAUGGGCUGUGUGUAUUAUUUUAAAUAUAUAACUUUAAGAUUGUAAGUGCUCUUCUCAGACCUUCACCAAAUUAGCAGACCGUUUUUCUUACUAUUUUAUCCUUUCAAACUUUAUGUACUAAAAAUCCUUUUUUUUU